UUGUAAUUUUCUUCGAUCUUUUCUUCAGGAGUUUACUUUCGUAAGCACACUUUAAAUAAGGCCAAGGAAUUGGGUCUCAAUGGCUGGUGCAUGAAUACACAAAAUGGCACCGUCAAGGGCAUACUCGAGGGACCGCAAGAUUUAAUCUCUGAAAUGAAACUGUGGCUGCAACACAAAGGCAGUCCACGCUCCAUCAUUGAGAAGGCAAUUUUCACACCAAACGAACCAAUUGCCAACUACAAUUUCCAUUCGUUUACCGUGCGACGUUAGGCGACAUCUUUUCCCCCAACUGUCUCUGUUUCGAUUUCCCGCUGUGCAAUUAAUUCUAAAUAUACAUAGAACAUAUGUCAGAAGACUAAA